GUCUCUACGCCCAGGCGGCCGCAGCGGAUUGAGCGGUGCGCGGCACUUCCGUCUGCCUUCCGGUGUCACGCGACACCGCUCUCCCUCCCAACCUCCUCCGUCUACCCCUGGGCGGGACUGGCGGGUGAUGAGAUAUUCGGGCGGCGGCGUUGAAAGGGGCGACGGCUACACCUCCUGUAAUCACGUCUAGGACCGCGGUCAUGGCCGAGAAUCACGCUCAAAAUAAAGCCAAGCUCAUCUGUGAGAUCCGGCGGAGGUUCGAAGCUGAGUAUGUGUCAGAUAAGUCAGAUAAAUAUGAUCCACGUGAUGUUGAAAGACUACAACAAGAUGAUAACUGGGUUGAAAGUUACUUACAUUGGCGACAUAAUGCUGUGGACGAAACACUGAAGAUGAUUGAUGAGAGUUUUCAGUGGAGAAAAGAGUUUGCUGUCAAUGACCUUAAUGAAUCCUCCAUUCCCAGAUGGUUAUUAGAAGUUGGUGGUGUUUACCUCCACGGUUAUGACAAAGAAGGAAACAAAUUAUUCUGGAUCAGGGCGAAAUAUCAUAUAAAAGACCAGAAAACCAUAAUGGAUAAAAAGAAGCUUAUAGUAUUUUGGUUGGAACGUUAUGCUAAGAGAGAAAAUGGGAAACCUAUCACGGUGAUGUUUGACCUGUCCGAAGCUGGUCUAAAUACCAUAGACAUGGAAUUUGUACGCUUUAUCAUCAACUGCUUUAAGGUUUACUACCCUAAAUACCUCUCAAAAAUGGUGAUCUUUGAUAUGCCUUGGAUAAUGAAUGCUGCUUUCAAAGUUGUGAAAGGCUGGCUUGGCCCAGAAGCAGUGAGUCUGUUGAAAUUUGCAACUAAAAAUGAAGUCCAAGACUAUGUCAGUGUAGAAUACCUGCCUCCACACAUGGGUGGAACUGACCCUUUCAAGUAUACCUACCCACCCCUGGUUGAUGAUGACUUCCAGACGCCACUGUGUGAAAAUGGGCCUGUUGCCAGUGAGGAUGAGACAUCCAGUAGAGAAGACAUAGAAAGUGACGGUAAAGAAACUUUGGAGACAGUUUCUAAUGAGGAACAGGCAACUCUUCCAAAAAAGGUUGUCCCAGCUGAUUCAACUAUGAAAGCAGAAGAAAAUGAGAAAGUAGAUUCAAAGAUGAAAGUUUUCAAGAAACCAUUAAGUAUAUUUAAAGGGCCAUUAUUACAUAUCAGCCCAGCAGAAGAAUUAUAUUUUGGAAAUACCGAAUCUGGAGAGAAGAAAACCUUACUAGUGUUAACAAAUGUAACUAAAAAUGUAGUAGCAUUUAAGGUGAGAACAACUGCUCCCGAAAAAUACAGAGUCAAGCCAAGCAAUAGCAGCUGUGACCCGGGUGCAUCAGUUGAUAUAGUUGUGUCUCCCCACGGGGGCUUAACAGUCUCGGCCCAAGACCGGUUUCUGAUCAUGGCUGCAGAAAUGGAGCAGUCGUCUGGCACAGGGCCAGCAGAAUUGACUCAGUUUUGGAAGGAAGUUCCCAGAAACAAAGUGAUGGAGCAUAGGUUAAGAUGCCAUACUGUUGAGAGCAGUAAACCAAGUACUCUGACAUUAAAAGAUGGUGCUCUUAACAUGUCAGAUAAAACCAGUGAGGAUAUAUACUUACAACUCAAUCGUUUACUAGAAAGCAAUAGGAGGCUUGAAGACCAACUUCAGCAUUGUUUCUGGUUCCAACAACUGCUACUUGCCUUAACAAUGCUCUUGCUUGCUUUAGUCGUCACCUUCUUUUAUUCGGUGUACAAUUAAGAAGUGGAGCCUGGACAAACAUAACUCCUUCCUCGAUUGGUAGGAAAAAAUAACAAACCCAAAAUGUCUCCACCAAGCUUCUAAACACAUUGCAUAUCUGUGCUUCCAAAAAGGAAAUAUGCAGCACGUGAAGGGUACAACCUAUACUUGUUUUAAAAAAUAAACUUUAAAUAAACACUGGAGAAAUUCAUUAUUAUAGCUAGUUAGGAAAGAAGUAAAGGCAUAUGCGUUGUGUAAAUUAAUAGCUUAAAUAUAAUUUAUUUUUCCCUUUGAUAUAAGUACUUUUAAAGCUUAAGUUUUGGACUAGGAAUGUGGCUCAGUGGUGGACCACUCUCCUAGUGUGCACAGGGCCCUGCAUCUGCUCCCCAAAGCCACAAAGAAAAGCUUGUUUUAUUAUGUAUAUAUAUUAGCUGAACUGAAAAGUAAGUAACAUGCUUUGGUGCGGCCAAAAAAUGUAACCUGCUUUUUUAUGACAGAAUUAUAGCUGAGCCAACUUACUAGCUUUUCUAUACUAUGUAAAUAAAAGAACAUGUAUAUUGAAAAAGAAAACAUACUUAGAGUAAUUUAUGUAAUCUUGACUUUGUAAUUUUGAAACUUCUUUCCAGAUGAUAGUCAAUAUUCUUUUGGAAUGUAAACCUUUCAAAGCCAAACCACCUUAGCCUUUGUUUCUCAGAGUUCCUUAGCAGCCUGCCUUUUAUUAAACCUGGGCUUUUCUACGAACAGUCUCGUUUUGGUAGAAUUUGGAAAACUAAGUGUGGCUAAAUUUCCUUUGAAUUCUGUUGAGUCUCUCCAACCAGUACCCCUUUCCAGUCAUCUCUAUGCAGCUCCAAGUUGUGCACUAUGGCUACACACUCAGCCUUUUGCCUCAUUGAUUAUAAAGGUCUGCUCCUUCCUCAUUCCUUCCAGAUCAGAGGAGUGUCUGGACUACAAGUUGCACCAUCUUUACCCUCAUUUUUAAAUGAAAAGUGUUAGAUGACACUUUUCUUUAAAGAACUAGUUUUUUGAUAUUCUAAGCAAUAUAAUUUAUGAUUCAAAAUGUUUCUUGUUAAAAUCAGCCAUAAGUAGGAAACUUACAAAGGAUUGAAUUAUCCCAUAAUGGUGAGAAGGAAAAUGAAAAGCAUGGAAGCUCAAAUGUCAGGUCUUUGAUCAGAGAAUGAAAAACACUAUUCAUAGUGGUCUAUAAAAACCUUCAACCCAGGGCUACCUGAAUGACUUGAUGUUCUGUCUUUGGUACAAUAAUACCAACGUGGUAUGAUUUCUAAAUUCCUGAAAAGGAAGACUUGACAUAAGCAGAGGCUAAUGAAAUUGUAGUUUGUUUUCUUAUUCCUAUGGCCAAUUUCAAUCCUUUUUGGUUAACUUGUGUAUCAACUUUAUAUGAAAGAAAAAAUAGUCUUCCUGUAAAAUAAAUUUUGGGUUUCAACUGAGCCAUGUUUGGAGAUUUAUUGUUAUUAUCAUUAUGAAGUGUAGUGUCAUCCACUUUCAUUGUGAAGAAGUUGGUUCCCCAGAGUUAUGAAGAAUGGCAUUUCCUUCAAAAUUGGCCCAGGAAAUAAAACCUUAAAAGGACACUGGUGUGAUCCUUUGUCUUAAAUUGGGCUUUUCUGUCUCAGUUUGCCACUUCCAGAAGUGAAAUGGACUGCAGUCCACCCUAAGUACUGUGCACAGUAUCUCCCUUUGUGUGUGUGUGUGCACAGUAGCUUCCCCUUACAUGAUAGAUUUUUGGCCUUAAUCAAAUCCCAAAGUAUUUGUGUAUGUCUUUUGUCCUUCAUCAAAUAAAUGAGAUAAUUAGCCAUGAUUGGAACUGUAUUGUCCUAACAGCAUCUCUUUAAUGUUUCAUAUGAAAAUUGUAUUGACUCACUAAAAUAUCCAGGUCUGAUCAUUUGCAUUUAAUAACCUAUCUUAAUGUUUGUGUCUAUUAAAUGUGACUAAAAAUUACCAAAAAUUAACUAUAAAGUGAAAGGCAUCUAAACUUUUUACUUGUCUUGAUUAAUCAUACAUAUUUACAAUUGAUUUUCUGUCAUUGUUUGUAAUUACAUAUGCGUGAUUGUUUUUGGUAUUCUAUUUUUGGUAAUUUUAUUUUUCUCAUGCCAUUACCUGUUCAUGACCAAAUUACCUAGGACUUUUAUUUAGGUUUUGAUCUUAGCUUUCACAUAGGAAUAAAAUUAAUAGAUUUUUUCAUAAAAACAUUAAUGAAGUAUCAUUAGCUUGAUCUGCAAAUAGCUUAAAAAUACAAUUUCUGUUAAACCUAGCCUCAAAUUUCAUAAUACCAUAACUGUUUUUAUAUCUUGCCACUAAUUUUGACUGGAUUUAAUAGCACUUUAUUGUACAAUUACAAAAAAAAUAUAUUCCUAGAAUUGUUGCCAGUGUAAUUUCUCUAAUGUUCUGGUGCUUUUCGUAUAUUUUCAGUAUUUUUAUUACUAUAUUGGUAUUUUCUUUGUAUAAAUUGAUCAAAGAACAUGUUUUCUAUUUUAAUAUGUUUUAGAAAAGUAAUUGCAUUUAUGAAAUAAAUAUCAUCAGGAAAAAAUCCUCUGGUCUCUAAUUGAUAAAACAUCUUAAAGAGAAUUAAUGUUCAGACUUACUAUGACCUUUUAAAGAUAAAGCAUGGGCAACCCGCUCAGGACCCCUUCUGUGUGUCUCUCAGACAGAAGCUUUCUUUCUCUCAAUAAGUAUUUCUACUCUAAAAAAAUAAUAAAGAUCAAAGUGCUUGCUUCCUUUUGGA